UUAUUGCCUAUUCUAUUUCCGGUGUUGUUGCAGCAGAAAAACAACAUGCCAAGUGGAGAAUCUGAGAAAGUGGACGAAUUAAAUGAAAAGCUCGACGUAUUCGCCAGGGAUUUAAAACAUGGGUCUAUUGAGGGAUCAUACAAUGUAGCCUUUAGAACGGUGUCCUUGUUACGAAUAGUGAUUGCACAGUCAAAAUGUACCACAGCAAAAGAUGUCAUGGAAAGCGUUGUUAAGGAAGGCAAGCAGUUGAUCGCUGCUCAACAGUCAGAAACAGCUGUCGGAAAUAUGGUGAGGAGAGUUCUAAAGAUCAUUAGAGAAGAGUAUGCAAGUGCUCUGAGGGGGAAGUCAGAGGAAGGUGACCCACAGGAGUCUUUACAUAAAAUGUUACUAGCAGAGGGUCAAAUUAAGGAUUUCAGUCAGCCUGUGCCCAAUCUAAAGGCUACAGUUUUAGAUGCAAUUAAUGAGCUUAUCAUAGAGCUUGAGAACAGUGCAGACAACAUCGCUGGACAAGCUUUGGAACACAUACAUGCCAAUGAAGUCAUAUUAACAGCAGGAAAAUCAAGAACAGUUGAGGCAUUCCUAAAGAAAGCUGCAAAGAAAAGAAAGUUUCAAGUCAUGGUGGUAGAGUGUGCACCCUUUUACCAUGGUCAAGCACUGGCGAUGAGUCUGGCUCGAGCUAACAUAGAAACUACGGUCAUCAAUGACUCAGCUGUGUUUGCCAUCAUGUCCAGGGUCAACAAGGUCAUUAUUGGGACCCAUACAGUGAUGGCCAAUGGAGGGUUAAAAGCUAUCAAUGGAAGCCAUGCGAUAGCCCUGGCUGCCAAACACUACUCAGUGCCGCUCCUGGUUUGUGCUGCAAUGUUUAAAUUAUCUCCAAAAUAUUUAUGUUCUUAUGACCAGGAUGCAUUCAACAAGUUUGUAAGCCCCAAGGAUGUAAUGAAUUUUGAGGAGGGAGAGAUUGCCUCUAGAGCUCAGAUUGAUAACCCAGUGUUUGACUAUGUCCCUCCAGAGCUAGUGACUCUCUAUGUAUCCAACAUCGGUGGAAAUGCUCCCUCUUAUGUGUACAGACUUUUAAGUGAAUUCUAUCAUCCGGAUGACCAUGAACUUUGAACGACAUUAACUGUGACUAUAGGGUUGGUAUAAGGGGAAUAAAUAUAAUACAUAGAA